CGUGCAUUGGCCAUGAAGGCGGUUCACAAGCGGCACUGCUGGGAGUGCCGCCGGCGGUGUCUGGUGUGUGACUUCACCGAGCCGGCGUGCAGGAGGUGCUCAGCCGCCGGCGUCCAGUGUCCGGGUUACGGCCAUGUGAAACCGACCCGGCUCAAGUGGCUCUCGCCGGGGCGGGUUGUCGCUCGAGCCGACCGAAAACGG